AACAACGGCAGCUCAUCUGCAAUGCUUCCUCUUGACCAAGAGUUCCGAUCCGAAGAUUCAUCAUCUAUUGAAAAUAUAAGUGUUGAGGAAUGUAACAACCUUUGUAGUUCAAAGAACAGUUGUCGUGUUGCAAGUAUGAAUGAAGAAAGAUUUUGUUAUCACUACAUGGGUAGUGAACUUGGUAUAUGGAGAAGUGCUAAGAUAACUUCUGGUAGUCAAUGGUUUGCAAAACUACAAAACUAUGUAUAUAUAACAUCAUUUCCGAGAGCUAAAUACACGAAUGAAUCGUUUUUUGGAAACAUUCAGUACAUCAAUACAGACAGCAUAAUAACGUCACCCAGUUACCCAUUCGGGCCUAUUUUGGACUAUGAUAUACAAUGGAUUGUGAAUUUCGAACCAGGACGGUUUGUCUCAUUGGUGUUUACAAACCUAUCAUUAUCUGAGGUAUUGAUGUAG